CCCCGACACCGCUCUAUUUAAACUUUUUUUUCCCUUUUGAUUCCGAGAAAUUCGUCAGUGAAGAAUGGAGGAUCUGAUUCCUGUGUUUACCAAGAUUGGGCUUUCAGAGCAAAAGGCCAAAGAUACGGCCAAGAACAAAAAGUUGGCGCCGAUGCUUGAAGCGGUCAUUGACGAUGCCAAUGCACGUGAAGCCGGCUGUGAUAAGGAUGUUGGUAACUUGCUGUACAAUCUCGCAUCAACCAUCACCAAGGAUGCCCAGUCCCACCGUGCUUACAUGGUCAAGAGAAUUGUCAACGGUGACCUGAAGACUGCUGAUCAGGUGGCUGCCGCAAUCAAAUACUGUGAACAAGUCGAUACCAUUGACGACAAAAACUUUGAUGAAGCUGCGGGUGUCGGUGUUGUUGUGACGGACGAUCAGAUCCAGGCUGCUGUGAGUGGUUACAUUGAGGCCAACAAGGACAACAUCGUGCAAAACCGUUACAAGACGCUGGGCCCGGCUUUGGCCAAUACCCGUAAAUUGCCUGAAUUGCGUUGGGCCGACGGUGGCAAGGUCAAGAACCAAGUGGAAUCGCAAUUUCUGGCCUUGUUGGGACCCAAGGAUGAACGUGACGCGCCUCAGAAGAAGAAGAAGGAGCCCAAGAAACCGGCAGUGGCAAAGAAGUCCGAAGAAAAGGUCGAGGAGAAACCGAAUGUGGCCAAUAUGUUCUUCGAGGGCGAAUUGUCCAAAUUGCACAAGCCCGGUGAGAACAAGCAGAUCAAGCCUGAAUUGAUGCAGGAACAUUUGAAAGCCACGGGCGGCAUAGUGUAUACCCGUUUCCCUCCUGAACCCAAUGGUUACCUCCACAUCGGUCACGCCAAGGCCAUCAAUGUCAACUUUGGUUACGCCAAAGCCUACAACGGUGUGACCUAUCUUCGUUAUGACGAUACGAAUCCGGAAGCGGAAGAAGAAAAGUAUUUUGUGUCGAUCCUGGAUACGGUUCGAUGGCUCGGAUUUGAACCUUGGAAGAUCACCUACUCGAGUGAUUACUUCCAGGAAUUGUUUGAUUUGGCCGUCAAGCUGAUCAAGAAGGGAUUGGCUUACACUUGUCAGUGUACUGGUGAAGAGAUUCAUGCUCACCGUGGAGGCGAUGACGGUGGCGCUCGUACGGCAUGUGUGCAUCGCGACCGUCCCAUGGAAGAAACGUUGGAUCAGUUCUACAAGAUGAAAGAAGGUCAUUACAAGGAAGGUGAAAUCACCCUUCGUAUGAAGAUGGAUUUGGAAAACGGUAACCCUCAAUUCUGGGAUCUGAUUGCCUACCGUGUGUUGUAUACACCUCAUCAUCGUACGGGAUCGCAGUGGUGUAUCUACCCUACCUACGAUUUCACUCACUGCUUGGUCGAUUCUUUGGAGAACAUCACACAUUCCUUGUGUACCACGGAAUUCAGACAGUCGCGCGAAAGUUACUAUUGGCUCGUGGACGCCGUUGAAGUGUACAAGCCUGUGCAGUGGGAAUACGGUCGCUUGAACGUCACUGGUACCAUCAUGUCCAAGCGAAAGAUCUUGAAGAUGGUGAACAAUGGUUAUGUCAGUGGAUGGGAUGAUCCUCGUCUUUACACGCUCAUGGGUAUCCGUCGUCGUGGUGUGCCUCCGGAAGCGAUCAACAACUUUGUGUUGGAAUUGGGUGUGACGACAUCGCAGUCGACCAUUGAUGUGGUGCGAUUCGAUGCCAAGACCAGAGAAUUUUUGGAUCGAACCACGCCGCGUUUGAUGGCGCUUUUGAAACCGCUCAAGGUGGUCUUGAAGAACUUGCCUGAUGACUUUGAGGAGGAAGUGUGUGUGCCCAAUAAGCCACGCGAUCCCAGCAUGGGUGAACACAAGGUGCCUUUUACCAAGGUGCUGUAUAUCGAUGCGUCCGAUUUCCGUGAACAGGAUUCCAAGGACUACUACCGUUUGGCACCAGGCAAAUCGGUGGGCUUGCUUCACAUCAAGUACCCUAUCAAAUGUGUUGAGGUGAAAAAGAAUGCCAAUGGCGAAAUCGAAGAGUUGGUAUGCGAGUAUGAAAACGAGGGCGAGUUCAAGAAGCCCAAGACGUACAUUCACUGGGUGGCGGAAUCGCCCAAGCAUGGAUCGCCCGUGCAGCUCGAUCAAGUGCGUUUGUACGAAGCUCUGUUCAAGCAUUCGAAUCCCGAGGAUGUGGAAGGCGGAUUCCUCAAUGAUAUCAAUGAGAACUCAUUGAGCAUCAUCAAGGGCGCUAUUACCAAUGUGGGUAUUUAUGACCAGAUUGCCGAUUGGAUCAAAAAGACCGGCGGCAAGGACAAGGAAAGCAUGCGAUGGCAGUUUGUGCGAACGGGCUACUUCUGUUUGGAUUUGGAUACCGAACUGGAUCUCGACAAGGCGUCCAAGGGCGAUAUCAAGGACGCCUUGAAACACAUCGUCGUCAAUCGCACCGUCACUCUCAAGGAGGACGCCGGCAAAGCAUAGUUAGAGUAAAGUAAUUGGAUACAAAUUAAAAAAUGGAACCAUAAUGCAAAAGCAC